AUGGGCACCAAAGGCCACGAGAUGGCCGAAUCUGACCGCAAGGACCACCACAGGGUCAAAGAACUCCUAAAAGAGUUCCAAAACAUGAAGCCCCAGGAACCCGACUACAUCCCCAAGCUCAACGAGCUCUGGGGGGUGCUGUCGGCGCACAUCGAGGAGGAGGAGCACCAGGACUUGCCGGCGCUGGAGUCGGCGCUGACCACGGCCCAGGCGGCGGGAGAGUCGGAGAGGCUGGCCAAGAAGUUUGGUCUGACCAAGGCGUUGGUGCCGUCGCGCAGCCAUCCGAGCGCUGGCGAGAACCCCUACUUCGAGUCGGCGCUGGGCAUGCUGGCGGCGCCGAUUGACCAUAUUGCGGAUAUUAUGAGGAAGUUUCCUGAGGAGAAGAUCAGCCCGAAUCCGAGUACGAAGUGA